AUGGAAGAUAAAAAGUUACCUUAUGACGAAAAUACCCUUAGCCUGAUGAUAAAAGGAUACGUUCCCUGUCUUCUAUUCUACCUUCUUGAUCGCCUUGCCUUCUGCCUUUGUAACAACUGGAGCAGGGUGCAAGCUACAGACAGGUCGGAGAGGAAAACGAAGGAAUCGCCAAGCAAUCGAGGAAGACGCAAUAUCACCGCUUAUACUUUCCAUCGAAGGUUUAAAUUGAAGUCCAUUCUGUUGCGAUGGUCAAUCGAUUCAAGAUGCGUACUCGAUUCCCAACUUCGACGACAAAUGGUUUUCCACCGUAACUAUGUCGGCUUCAAGGUAUGCUCUCUGUACUCUACUUUGUCUCUUCAGAUCUUUCUCAUAUAUGUUGGCCUGAAGUACAAAUCAUCUGAGAAAAUCGAUCAACUGAGGGUAAACGAGUACUCACAUUUGACAGAUACAAUCUCAAAGUUUGUAUGUUUGACCGGAAGAAUUUGCUUUCUGAUGGAGUUGGAUCUCCUGUUCAUAAAUUUGAAGAACACAAACCUCCUGUUCUUUUUGUGUUCAGUGCCUGCCCCUGCUGCUGUUGGUUUCCAUUCCAUCAUAGGAAUCAGUGCAGCUAAAGCUUCAGCCACAUCUUUAGAGGUAUAUAUUUUUCUACCUUUGUUGUAGAUUUUGCUCCAUCAAAUCAUCAAAAUUGGAAUUGUACAUUUUUACAGCUGUUCUACCUGUGAUUCUUGAAGCCUUUGAUGUAUAUUGUGAAGGUGAUUUCAAAUGGGGUUGUGGGUAUCCUUACACGACUAUUAUUUUAAAUUUAGGCUUACUAUUGUGCUAUUCACAAUGUCUUCUACUGAUCGAUUUUCUCAGUUGACCAUUAACGGCCUGAAAUAAAGUGCUUGCUGAUCUUUUGGAGCCACUAAUAUGUGCAGUCUUCAUCAAAUAUUCACAAAAUUCAGCCUGGAAGAAGUCUGCAGCUUGGUACAUUAGAUCUUCCUUCUUGCAGAUCAACCCAAGGUUAAAUGUACUUGAGAAACAUAUAAAGGACGUGAUGUUUAUAUUAAUAAAAUUCAAUUUUUACAGUUUUAGGACGAUAUUGCCCCUG